AAUAGAAACAGGAAUGAGAUCCGAGACACAGAGGGGUAGCCCGACCUUGUUCUGGGGUCUGAUGCUGUCCGUCUCCACCAUCUGCGUAUGGUCCGCAUAUGGAGAGAUCUGUGGUCCAAGUAUCGACAUCCGCAACGAGAUCAGCGCGUUCAAGCGGUUGGAGAACUGCACGGUGGUGGAGGGCUUCCUGCAGAUCCUCCUCAUCUCCGACAAGACCAACAACCUCAACCAGGAGCUGUUCCGCACGCUCAGCUUCCCCAAGCUGACCGUCAUCACCGACUACCUUCUUCUUUUCCGCGUCUCGGGCCUGGACAGCCUCAGCACACUCUUCCCCAACCUCAGCGUCAUCCGUGGGCGAAACCUCUUCUACAACUAUGCCCUGGUGAUCUAUGAGAUGACCAGCCUGAAAGACAUCGGUCUGUACAACUUAAGAAACAUCACCCGAGGGGCCAUCCGGAUCGAGAAGAACCCUGAGCUUUGCUACCUGCACUCGGUGGACUGGUCCCUCAUCAUGGACGCUGAGAUCAACAAUGUAAUCAAUGGGAAUAAGCAGUCCAAGGAAUGCGGGGACGUCUGCCCAGGCAUCAUGGAGGACAACCCUCUGUGUCAGCAAACCAUGUUCAAAGACAGUUACAACUACCGCUGCUGGACUUCCAAUCAGUGUCAGAAAGUCUGCCCCUAGAAGAGAUUAUAUAAGCACGCCUGCACAGACAGAGGCGAAUGUUGCCACAGCCAGUGCCUGGGAAGCUGCGCCGAACCCAACAACGACAUGGCCUGCUCUGCCUGCCGCCACUACUACACUGAGGGCCGCUGUGUGCCAGACUGCCGCGGCACCUAUAAGUUCGAGGGCUGGCGCUGUAUCAAGGACCUGUGCGCUCGCGUGCACCUGCCCAGCGACACCGACUUUGUCAUCCACGCAGGGGAAUGUAUGCCUGAAUGCCCCUCCGGCUUCACACGCAAUGAGACUAAUAGUAUGUUGUGCAGCGCCUGUGAUGGUCUCUGCGACAAGAUAUGCCCGUUGGUCAUCGACUCGGUGGGCGCCCAGUCUCUGAUGGGCUGCACCGUCAUCAAAGGCAACCUUCACAUCAACAUACGCCGCGGAAAUAACAUAGCGUCUGAGCUGGAGAGCUUCAUGGGAUUGAUCCAGACUGUGACAGGCUAUGUGAGGAUCCGCCACUCCCACACACUUGGCUCGCUGUCCUUCCUCAAGAGCUUGCGUUACAUCAACGGGAGGAGCUCAUGGAUGGUAUGGAUGUACGCGUUCUCAGCCAUUGACAACCAGCACCUGCAGUUCUUGUGGGUGAGCCAGCACAACCUGACCAUUCGGGCUGGGCGCCUCUUCUUUCGCCUCAAUCCCAAACUGUGCAUGUCUGAGAUCCACAAAAUGUGGGAGAAGACGGGUAUAACCGAGAAGCCAGAGCCGGGGGAUUUCCGCAACAACGGUGAUCGGGCAAGCUGCGAAAGUCACAUCUUGAAGUUCAAGUCCAACAGCACCACGAGCAACAUGAUCAGCUGACCUGGGAGCGCUUUCCGACCGAAAGACUACAGAGACCUGAUUAGCUUUAUAGUCUACUACAAGGAGGCUCCCUUCCAGAAUAUCACAGAAUUCGAUGGCCAGGAUGGCUGUGGCUCAAACAGUUGGAACGUGGUGGACGUGGAUCUUCCGCAGGAUAAAAAAAGUGACCCAAGAGUUCUGCUCAAACACCUCAAGCCCUGGACCCAGUAUGCCAUAUUUGUCAGGGCCAUCACCUUACAAGUGGAGGACAAGCACAUUCCUGGGGCCAAGAGUGACGUGGUCUACGUACGCACCAGUCCAUCACAGCCAUCGAUGCCGAAGGAUGCCCGCGCAUACGCCAACUCCUCCAAAUUGGUGGCAAAGUGGUCGCCUCCUCUCUCCCCCAAUGGGAACUUGACUUUUUACCUGGUCCGGUGGCAACAGCAAGCCGAGGACAAAGACCUCUACCAGCACAACUACUGCUCUAAAGAGCUAAAGAUACCUAUUCGUAUCUCAGCCACGGGCCUGCUGGACAUGGAGGAGAACACGAAGCCCACCAAGUCAGACCUGGCUGGAGCAGAGAAGGGCCCGUGCUGUGUGUGUCCCAAGACUCCCGAGGAGAAAGACCGGGAGAAAGAUGACCGAGUCUUCCUGAAAGUCUUUGAGAACUUCCUGCACAAUGCCAUCUUCCUACCCAGACCUCCAGACCGCCGCCGGAGAGACGUGUUCGGCGUGGCUAACACCACACUGUCCAGCGAGGCGUUCGGCAGGGGCAACACCACCACCCCGGGCCUGGAGGGAAACGGUACGCACGGAAUGCCCCCCCUCAUAGAGUAUCCCUUUAUGGAGGACCGGAGCACCACCGAGUAUGUGGAGAUCUCCAGCCUGCAGCCUUUCACCGUCUACCGUAUUGACAUCCAUGCCUGUAACCAGGAGGUGCGGCGCUGCAGCGCCGCAGCCUUUGUCUUUUCAAGGACCAAACCUGCAGACAAGGCAGAUGACAUCCCCGGAAGGGUUAUCUAUGAAAGGGAUGAAAAGGUGGAGGGCUGUGUGCUGCUGCGCUGGCCUGAGCCCGUUAAACCUAACGGCCUUAUCCUGAUGUAUGAGAUCAAGUUCCGUCUGGGGAGUGAGCCUGAGAAACACGAGUGUGUGUCACGGCAGCAGUACCGCGAGCACAGAGGGGCGCGGCUGACUAACCUGGGCUCCGGGAACUACUCCGCCCAAGUGCGAGCGAUCUCGCUGGCGGGGAACGGCUCCUGGACAGAGAGCGUGUCCUUCUAUGUGCCCCCGCCCGAACGACGUUAUGAUGUCACGCUCUAUCUGGUCAUCAUCAUCCCCAUCAUUGUUAUACUCAUCAUCGUCGGACUCAUCACGGCUCUCUUCUUUGUCAACAAAACAGAGGUAAAAAUCUCCACGCUGCCAAACAAAGAACCUCAGUUACGCUGCGGCCCGUACAACUGUCGUAAAAGUUACGACCGGUGUAAUGUUGACCACGGUAACGAGACGUUAUUUUCAUCGGAAUUCCCCGGUCGUCAGAUGAUACACUUGGCAAAGGCGAGUGAUCGGUUUUAUGUGUCCGCCAUGACGGCUCCUCCAUUAGCUGACUAAGUUUGUGGUUGUUUUCGAAGGAAUAGCGACAGACUGGGGAACGGAGUCCUUUAUGCCUCCGUCAACCCGGAGUACUUCAGCGCCGCAGAGAUGUACGUCCCAGAUGAGUGGGAGGUGGCCAGGGAGAAGAUCACUAUGAACAGGGAGCUGGGUCAGGGCUCCUUCGGCAUGGUGUACGAGGGCAUCGCCAAGGGGGUGGUCAAGGACGAACCCGAUACUCGAGUGGCUAUCAAGACGGUCAACGAGUCGGCCAGUAUGAGGGAACGCAUUGAGUUUCUGAACGAGGCCUCCGUCAUGAAGGAGUUCAACUGUCAUCAUGUGGUGCGGCUGCUGGGUGUGGUCUCUCAAGGACAGCCGACCUUGGUGAUCAUGGAGCUGAUGACCCGUGGGGAUCUGAAGAGCCACCUUCGCUCCCUGCGUAAAGAGAAUACCACCAGCCAGGUCCUACCCCCGCAAAAAAUGAUCCAGAUGGCAGGGGAGAUCGCGGAUGGCAUGGCAUACCUCAACGCCAACAAGUUCGUUCACAGAGAUCUGGCUGCCAGGAACUGCAUGGUGGCGGAAGACUUCACGGUCAAGAUCGGAGACUUUGGCAUGACUCGAGACAUUUAUGAGACAGAUUACUAUCGAAAAGGAGGGAAAGGCCUGCUGCCAGUCCGCUGGAUGUCCCCCGAGUCGCUGAAGGACGGCGUGUUCACUACCAUGUCUGAUGUCUGGUCAUUCGGUGUGGUGCUGUGGGAGAUCGCCACCUUAGCGGAGCAACCGUAUCAGGGCAUGUCCAACGAGCAAGUGUUGCGCUUCGUCAUGGAGGGAGGGCUCCUGGACAAACCUGACAACUGCCCCGACAUGUUGUUUGAGCUAAUGAGGAUGUGCUGGCAGUAUAACCCCAAGAUGCGUCCGUCCUUCCUGGAGAUCAUCAGCAGCAUCAAGGAGGAAUUGGAUCCCCCCUUCAGGGAGAUGAGCUUCUUCUACAGUGACGAGAAUAAGCCGCCGGACACUGAGGAGCUGGAUAUGGAGGUGGAGAACAUGGAGAACAUUCCACUGGACCCUGCAUCCACCAGGCAGCCGUCUGCUGCCCCUACACCCUGUGCUGGGGCUAUGGGGGGCACAUCGCCCCCUACUGCCCAGCAAUUAUCCCCCAUGCAAGGCCCAAGUACUCCUUUACUGGGACGUUCCUCUCCCUCAACCCCGGCCCCUGCUGCCUCAGCCUCAGCGUCGCCGGGCCAAGUCAUGGACAAGCACUCAGGACAAGUUUCAGCCAACGGACCUGUGGUGCUGCUGCGGCCCAACUUUGACGAGUUGCAGCCCUACGCCCACAUGAACGGGGGUAGAAAGAACGAACGGGCCCUGCCACUGCCCCAGUCCUCAGCCUGCUGAUAUCAGCCCCCCCCCUCCCCCUCCAUGGCCAGCCUAGCUGCUCCUCCUCCUCCUCCUUUUACACAGGGUAAAAAAAGAAAAAGAAAAAACCCUCUCCCACGACUCUUAAGCAAGGAUGGAAGAGGUAAGACAGGGCGGACAUUCUUCUACUGUGCAGCAGUAGACGGUCUCUUCACUUGUGAUUUCAUUAUCAGUGACUGACUCGAGAAAGACUGAAACACAGCACAGAAGCCUGCUAAAGCGUUUGGAGUAAAGGUGGCUCAGACUCAACACUGGGAAACUCUGCGGUCUCCUUCCUGUGCAGCCUGUAUUGUAAAAUAGUUGUUCCUGGAGUCCUUUAAGAAGGAUAACGGUACAGGCGUCGUCUAUCCUGACUUACAGAUAUUGUAAGACAUGAACUUAAUUAAGAGAAUACUUUCCUAGCAUAUCUGCCAGCAAAUCCAACAGAAGAGCACUUUUUUCUGAUGAUUUUAGAAAGGAUGUUGUGGAUAUCUGAGUGUGUAUUUAUACAAUGUGAUUCUCUAUAAUAAUGGUAAAGUUACAUUUCUGAUAUGACUUUCCAUCAAUGUUACUUUCUUUCGUUGAGCAUCGGACUAGCUUUUAAUGCUGUGUGAGGACACCUCGAGUAUGAAUUUUAGACUACGACCAUUGUUCUUUUUUUCUUUCUGUUACGUCGUUUAUCUAUGGGUGUAGAUCCUUCCAGG